GUCAAUGCAGUAGGAACGCGUUCCGGUGCUGUUGCCAAGUAAGUGCAAGAAGCCAAGCCUCGGGGUGUAGGGACGAACCAAGUUGCGAUGCCGUUGCUGGGGUCUUCCGUUGCUGUUGCGAAUCCCCCGGUCGGGAGUAGGAGCUCUCUGACGGUGACGCUCUGGUGCGGCCGGGUUCGGGAGCUGUAGCUCCGGGCCAACAGCAAAGAACGCUGUGGAUCCGGAAUUCUAACCUGUCUACAUCCACCGGGAUUUUCGUGACGAUCGCAAAUUCGGAAUUUCAACCUGCUUAUCCAACUGGAUUACCAUAAAGAUCGCAAGGGAUUCCAACUUCCAUACAUCCAACUGAGCGUAUAGUAUCACAUAAAUGGCUGUCAAAGUCGUCACUGCGCUGCAGUAUUCUAUGACUGGUGUCUCUGCGAUGGCUGCGAUCGAAAAUCUCCUUGCGAUUGCAGUGUUUGCUGGGACUAAAAAGCUCCGCAUCAAGUACUACACUUUUGUGGUCAACCUGGCGCUGGCCGACUUGAACUACGCCCUCUUCACAAUGGCACUUCACUGGAGCCCGGGCCCGUCAGGCGUUCUCGAAGGUUUUAUCGUCGGAGCGUACACGGUCUCCAUUUUGACUAUUCUGGCCGUUGCUAUCAAUCGUUAUCUGGCCCUGUCCCUUAUGCCACCAGCUCGCUACGAUUCACUGAUCACCGGGUAUCGUCUGAUUGGUGUUUGUAUCAUUUUUUGGUGUUUGGGUCCUAUGUAUGGCUUAGUGAUUUAUAAUGCUGUCCCAGGAGAGGUUUUUUUCGUGGUACAUUUCCUUGGAUACCCACUGGCAGGGGUCAUCGUGUGGGUUAUCACCGCUCUUGUUUAUUUCCUGGUUUUCCGUAAGAUCAAACAUUACACUCCACCUCUUGCAUCCGCGGCAGGCAUCAGUGCCAACGAGGAGCGAGAUCAAACCCGAGUCCAGCAGACUCAUCGUUUAUUGGUCAUGUUUGUUCUCAUCCUUGUGGUGUCAUUCACAACUUGGGUUCCUGCUUUCGUGCUAAAUUUGUGUUUAUUCUUCAACACAUAUCUUUGGAGCGAUGAAAUCUUCCUUGGAUUGCUUUGGGGGAGUUACUUGCUGUACACUCUCUCUACCGCAAUCAAUCCGUUGAUAUACUUGUGGCGAUUGGAUGGUUUUAGAGAGGGUUUUUAUGCCAUGUUCUGUCGUUGUGUCAAAAAGGCAGAACCUAACCAAAUUGAAGCUGACCUGACUACUAAUGAGAAUACCCUUGCUGAGACUGGUUUGUAAAAGAAGAGGUUCACUAUCACGGGAAGAAUUUCAUAAUUUUAGAUCAAAUCGAAAUGUAAGACAUCUUUUGAGACAGCACAACAAAGCAAUCUCUUGUCUGUUCUUUCUAUUCUUAGUUUUUCGUCCGUUUACCUUUAAUUUGGUGUGCUUGUCUCUCACUAAAUUUCAGAGAGGUCAAAACUAAGUUGCUUCACACAAGAUUAAAGUUUUUAUUAAUUAACGGGACUUUUCCCUCAAAGUCCUACACUGAAACCAGCGACAACACUUUGUAUAUAGCUUUGUAUCAAGUAUGAUAUACACAGUUUUUGAUGAUUGACGUCUUUAAAACACAACCAUGUAAAUAUCAUAUUGAUACAGACUUUUAAAGUUCCGCGACAGAUUCCGGGUCGAAGUGGGUCGGAAAGGUGACCCGGGGAAGUGUCAUUUUGAACCAAAAAAAGGUUUCAGAUCAAAUCUUACCUGCAUGGCUUUAGAUCGCUGCUGUACGCUUUUUAGAAUUGUUAGUGAAGUAUGUUAAUCAUCGAGUCUGUAUAUAGGCUAUAUAUUAUUUAUUGUGUAUUGUUGGUUAAUGUUAAGCAAUAUUUAUUAGUGGAAUAUCUUUGCCGGAUCGGGUUAUUUUGUCUUCUUGGUACAAGGGGACACAUUGUACUUUCCCCAUGUCCUGAUAGGGUCUAAGGGAAACUUUCGUCCGACCUGCGUCCCUUUUCUCACGAAACGAUAAUGUGAGUAUCAAUUGUUUCCCCAGCCCCACCCCUGCUGACCCACCCAAGACGUGGGGAUUGUCAAUUUGGAAGUUGACAUAAUCCCCAAUGUAAUCCCCCCAAAAAUGUAAGUGACAAUCUCCGACAUACAUACCCAGGACGCACUAGUGAUUGCCUUUCCAUGUACACUGCAAAAACUGCAGUGUUAAAUUUACACUGUUGGUAUCUAUAUAGGACCAUCUGGCGUUAGAUUUUACUGGUAUUGUCCUAUGUAGAUACCGAAUUGUGUUAAAUUAACACUACAGUUUUCGCAGUGUAGUGCGCCAAUGGUAACCGUGUGUUUGAGUGGCCAAAUCGCCACACUGGGAUAUGAAAAACGUAAUCAAACACCGGCAUCGGACCUUGAGCAGCCCAGAGGAGGGGUGGGGAAACAAUUUAUUGAUAGGCGCAUAGUAAUCCGAAUUGUAUUGAUCAUUAAGCUUUGAUUUGCAUUCUAAAAGGUAAAAUUAUAAAACUAAUAAUAGUAAUUAUUAAUAUACAUAAGGAGAAUAUUGUAGAGUGUUUAGAUGAUCAGUUUUGAAUCAUCAAUUCAUCUUAAUAUUUAGUUAAUUGGCACGAUUGAAUUACCAACGUUACUUUUGAACUUUAAAAACAAAUGUCGUUGCAGUAUGAUUGUUAUUCCUCUUGAUUGUUUAAUGUGUGCUCUACACUAAUUAUUACAGCCUUUCCUUUUACAUGCUCCCACACGGGUGCCUGACAGUGGCGUAUUUUAAAACACAGCUUCCUUCUUAAACAUGUAAGUUUCAUAUGUAAGUGUAUACCUAUUUAUUUGUCAUAAUCACUUAACGCUGGUAAUUCUCUGGAUAUAGGACUUUAGAAAGGAAUCCAUAUGGGACUUUGUUGUAUCUGAAUCCUGCAGAUACAGUGUAUUUCUGGAUGUUGUGCGCCCCGUUUCAAAAAAAGCCCUGCCCCCACAGUGGGCAAAUUUCAAAGUAGAUCCUACUUGUAAAAAUAUGUUCAGCCUAUUUUAAGUUCAACCAGACCUGCCAAUUUCCAUGGGUUUGCCACGAAAAUGCACGAUAUUUGUCACAAUUGGAUCAAACCACUUGUGUACGCCACCCCUUUACACAUUUAGACCACGCCCACAAAUUGGGCGGAAAUACGACGUUUUGAAAUGCUAGAAUGUUUUAUGUCAUGUCCAAGUUUAUUUCAAGGCUUUCAUUCACCCCCUCUUUCAAAAAAUCAAGCUCCGCCCCCAAAUCUGCAAGAUUAAAGGUGGGUCUACCCCUUAAAAUAAUUCUCAGACCAUUUUGACUCUGCACGCCGAAUUUCAUGCUCUUAUCACACAUUUGGGCUCGGUUUGGGCAAACCUAAGGGCCCUAAGCAGCUCCACUAUUGACCAGGAUUUACAGUACCGACGCCACGAAG